UGCUAUUGGUGUGAACCCCAGAUACGCGAGGGAAACACGGUGAAAUUCCCCGUUCCCUCGCAUAUGACGAUUUGUAUGCACGCAAGCUUACUUGUGUCGGAAGGUCAACCCGUUGACCAAGGUGGCGCAGCGUUUCAUUACGCGAGUUACCGAGUGCGAGCCACCCACGUCGAGGAAGGAAUGGAGCCCACCAUGCACCGCCAGAGCGACGAGGAGAGAGAUACGCAGCGCGCGCCAGAGUUCCAGCUGAUCCGCCGCAAGCGACCGCGCACGCCCGACAGCAGCGCGGAGCCUUACGCCUUCCCAGCACGCGGCUCGCCCGAGAAGGCGCCGCGCCUGAUGGUGCUGCCUGGGCUGGCCGAGCUGCUGGCGGCCCAGAAGCAACGCAAGGAAGGUGUCGCAGCCGACGCUCUUCUCGACGUGCUCUCGCGCGUGUCCACAGAGCAGGAGCAGACGCAGCCCGAGCCACAGGACGAGGAGAUUGAGGUGGAGGACAAGACACCUUGGCCCUCGGCCAGUCAAUACUUCGAUAUCUUCUCAACACCCAAGAGCGAGCUGAAGAUCCCCAUAUACGACCUUGGUGUAGAUCCGCGAGGUGUUCCAUUACACCCAGAGUUCAUCUACAGCCAGCCUGUGUCUUGCAUGUAUUUUCUCAAGUGUUCGCGUCUGCUUGGCAAGGGAUCUUUCGGUUUCCCACGCAAGAAAAAGACCACGGGUGACACGACGCCCGCGAUGACUCCCACCGGCAAGAAACCUGCGGGUAAAGGCGGCAAGAAGGAGUCGAGUAAGGACUUUGAAUGGCGCAAGAUGAGUUUCGUCACUGGUCUGCCGAAGAAGCAGCCCAUCGUGCGCUACAUCACAGCUACGUGCUACAGCCGUGCAACCGACGUGGCUGCUAAGAAGAAGGUCUUCCGCAUGCAUGCUGUUAUGCUCGCUGAUGAAGCGGGUACUGGCGAGAAGGGAGACUAUGUGCUGGUUCACAUCCGCGCUGGAGGCAGCAAGCGCGUCGGUCUUCGUGCCAGUUUGGCCGAUGCUGAGUCGCAGCAGGCACCAUCGUCCCCAGGUGCCCACGGCAUUGCCACCGCCAAGCAGAACGCCGAUCUGCUGUGCAUGAGACGCCCUGUGUCGCCUACCAGCGUUGCAGUAUCUUCUUACUCGAGCUCAACGGCAUCCACCUCUCCUCGCAACAAGAAGCUACUACACGCAGACUUCGCCACCAAUCAGGACGAUCACUCAGAGCACUUGGCUAGAGUAUUGAGUGGAUCCGUGACCUCGCCUAUUGCGGUGGACUCGACGCCGUCUGUGACUCGACACCCGCUGUUCACUACCGCAGAGGACCCGAACGUCGACUCGGCGCGCCUUGCGCUACGCAACAUGAUCUUGAAGUCCUGCACAUCGCGGGACGAGAUGGCGAAGUACGUCUUGGGGCUCCAGGAGGAACUCGCGGCCCUGCAAAACCAGAACCAGUAAGCUUAGGACACUAGCACAUUAGGAUUUUAGGAUUUUAGUAGUAAUAGCUCAAAACACCGAAUGAUUUUAUUGCAAGACAUGGCAGC